AUGGUUGAAGCGUGUAAGGUCUUUGAGGAGAUGUUGCAUAAGGGUGAGGUGUCAUGGACCGCUAUGAUUGAUGGGUAUGCGAAAAAUGGAGAUUUUGAAGAAUCUUUAUUAGCUUUUAAGAGGAUGGAUCAAAUUGAGAAGGCUUCGGAUGUUUAUCUUGAGUUGCGGAGGUGGGGGAUUAAGCCAAAUGAAUUCACUUUCUCUAGCUUGAUAAAGGCAUGUACUGACCAAGCUGCAAUUGAGCAAGGGACCCAACUUCAUUCCCAAGUAGUUAAAUUCAACUUUGACAAAGACCCAUCCGUUUCUUCAGCUCUCGUUGAUAUAUAUGGGAAAUGCAGUCUGCUUGAUCAUUCAAUCCAAGUGUUUGCGGAGAUUGAAUACCCAACUAAGAUUGCAUGGAAUUUGCUAGAAGGCUUAAAGAAGCUGAAGAACUUAUCAAUAGCAUGCCAUUCGAGCCAAAUGUUUUUGGAUGGUGUUCUUUUCUUGGGGCUUGCAAGUUGCGGGGCAACAGAGAGGGGCAAACUAGCGGCAAAACAAUUGAUGAGACUUGAACCCAAGAACAGUGGUGCUUAUGUUUUGCUUUUGAUUAUUUAUGCGGAAAUGGGACGAUAUAAGGAGUGUUAG